AUGGGGCUGCCGCUGCCGCGUCGCUGCUGCAACUGCGGAGAUCCCGUGACCAUGCCCUACCUUGGCGGCCACGGAAGGGCGGCAGCGGCGGUGGGCGGAGAGCAGCGCCCUUCCUGGGCCUCUCAUCUCGCCGCCGCGGACUUCUCCAAGCCGUGCUCCAGGGACCGCGUCUGCGACACGUGCGGCGGCGCCGCCUUCUGCGCCCACUGCUGCGAGGAGCACCACCGCGGCCACGUCACCUGCCCCGCCCCCACCAAGGACGACGCCACCGAUCACCGGAGGGAUUCCUUCUGCAUCGGCUGCCGCGUCGCGUUCUGCUCCGAGCUGUGCGCGCACCACGGCGUGGGCCACGAGGUCAUCCCCGUCGACGAGUACGAAGGAUGGCAAUGCGCGCGAUGCACUGGGUCGGAGCGGUGGUUCCCGGUCUUCGCGGGCGUCCAGACCUUCCAAGACAACGAGGGCAAUCUGCUGGUGCCCCUGCACCGGAAGCCGGCUGCAGUUGCAAAGCCCGUCGAGGACGGACCGUGCCCUCCUCCGUGGAUGUUUGAGCUCGUCACCGCUGACUUCGCCAAGACGUGCGCCCGGGACCGGGUGUGCAACACCUGCGUGGGCGCCGCCUUCUGUGGGCAUUGCUGCGGGGAACACCACUCAGGCCACGACACCACCGCCUCCAUCCCGGAGGAGAAGGACGGCCCGGAGGCGACCGUGGUGCACCGGAGAGACUCGUUCUGCACGGGCUGCCGCGUGGCCUUCUGCUCCGACCUGUGCGCGCACCACGCAAGCGGCGUGGGUCACGAGGUCAUCGCCGUCAACAAGUUCGUCGAGUGGCACUGCGUGCGAUGCACCGGUUCGGAGUGGUGGUUCCCCGCAUUGCACUACAUGCUCAUGCUGGCUUUCGUGGACGAGCAUGGCAACCUGUUCGUGCCUUUCCAGUGGAACGGGGAGGUUGAGGACGGCGAGGAGUUGCCUUGGUGGAUGACUCACCUCGGGACAGCAGACUUCUCCAAGACAUGCACCAGGGACCGCGUCUGCAACACCUGCGGCGGCGCCGGCUUCUGCGAGCAUUGCUGCGGGGAGCACCACCGAGGCCACGAGACCAGCGCCGCCGCCACGGACGAGACGGAGGGUUCGGGGGCACCCGCGGGGUACCGGAGGGACUCGUUUUGCAUCGGUUGCGGCCUCGCCUUCUGCUCCGAGCUGUGUGCGCACCACGCGGGUGGCGACGGCCACGAGGUCAUCCCCGUCGACGUCUACGGCGACCGGCACUUCCUGCGAUGCACCGGGUCAGAGCCGUGGUUCGCCUCCGCCUUCGGCGACAUCGAGCUGUGCUAA